AGCCUUCCCACUUCGCCCCGCUCUGGGCGGUGUCAGGCCGCGCCGCCGGGCACCAUCUUGGCUGUGGGCAGCUCGGCUUCAGCUCGGCAGAGAGCAGCGGCCGCCAUCUUGGCUGAGGGCAAAAACGUACAGCCGGGAAGGUGCCAUGGGGAGGAUCGGGCUGCAGCUCCGCGCCACGUUGGAGAACAUCACCCGGCUGCGGGCCGAGGGGGAGGACUUCCGCUGGUACCUCAAGCUGAAAUGUGGGAACUGUGGCGAAGUCUCUGAAAAAUGGCAGUACCUCCGGUUGAUGGACAGUGCUCCCCUGAAAGGAGGCAGAGGAAGCGCCACUAUGGUGCAGAAAUGCAAGCUGUGCUCCAGGGAGAACUCCAUUGAUAUUUUAAGUCAGACAAUCAAACCAUACAAUGCUGAAGACAGUGAGAAAUUCAAGACAAUAGUGGAGUUUGAAUGCCGAGGUUUGGAACCAGUUGACUUUCAACCACAGGCAGGAUUUGCUGCUGAAGGUGCAGAGUCUGGCACACCUUUCAAUGACAUAAACUUGUUAGAAAAGGAUUGGAAUGACUAUGAUGAAAAAACAAAGGAAUCUGUUGGAAUUUAUGAAGUUACCCACAAAUUUGUUAAAUGCUGAUGUUCAUAAUGCUAACAAACCUUGGCAUGCUUAUUGAUGAGGGAGGUGAAAACAUCAGAGAGUGUUUCCCUGGAGUUAUUUUUCACAUGGCCGAACUUAACAAAUGGAAACCUAAGUAAAUUGUACUUACUGUCUGUGGAACAUCCAAUAAAAGAUUUUUCAGAGAGCUUUGA